AAUUGCGUGCGUACCAAGAACGUUGUCGGCACCGGCAAAUGCGACAUGGGCAUAGAUAUUAUGAUAUCAUUAAAUUGAAUCGUUAUCAAUCGACGCAAAAAGCGAAUCAAUCCGAGAAACGAGACUCCAAUAUGGUUAGCUGCAAGCUAUAAGGAAUUCGAUUCCGAUUCCGUUGCAUUCACAGCUAUUCACGGGCAAAGAAACCAAGAAGAAGAAGAAGCAGCGCAAGAAGUAAAGAGAGAGAGAGAGAGAGAAAAACUUAAACAGUUUUCUGUGCAUUUUUGAUAGCCUUUGAAGCUAUUCAAAAGAUGUUGCUGAUUAGCUAAAAGCCAAAGGGACCGAGAGAAAAGUACAACAGCAAUUUAAUUGGGAUUCGAGUACAUUGUAAUCGUAUGCUGCGUGAUGAAAUCCCGAUUAUUUUGGAUAUUUGCAAUAAUAUACUCGUCGCUACAUCAGAUAGGUUCCGGAUCCACCUCGACGACAUUGAAACGUCCCCGAGCUGGAGAUCCGUUUGAUACGUUCCCGAAAAACUUCUGGCAAGAGUUCUCAUCGCCGUUCACAGACACGCCCGAAGAUGAAGAGCUGGAGGUUACCGAGACGACAACGCACGAGCCAUUCCCAUUUUUCGCCGAUCCGUAUACGACCAUCAAUAUAAGCACCCAGCUAUCGUCGAGCGUCUAUCUGCACUGUCGGGUCAAUGACCUGCAGGGAAAGACGGUCUCGUGGAUGCGACGCAAGGGCGAGGACCUGACCCUGAUCACAUUUGGCCAGCACACAUAUAGCGGCGAUUCGCGUUACUCGCUGGAGUUCGAGGAGCCCAACGACUGGAAACUCUUGAUACAAUAUGCCAACGAGCGCGACGAGGGCCCCUACGAAUGCCAGGUCUCCUCGCAUCCGCCAUUGGUGCUCCUCGUCUACCUAACUAUAAUUGUUCCUCAUGUGGAAAUUCUCGAUGAGCGAGGAUCGGCCACGCCGGAAAAGUACUACAAGGCUGGCAGCACAAUUGAGUUGCAGUGCGUCAUCUCCAAGAUACCGCAUCCAACGUCAUAUAUCACCUGGCGCCAUGGUCAACGUUUGCUCAAUUACGAUACCAGUCGCGGUGGCAUUAGCGUUAAGACAGACAUGCUGCCCGGCAGGGCCUUGAGUCGUCUCUAUAUAGCCAAUGCGAAUCGCCAUGACACCGGAAACUAUACCUGUAUGCUGGGCAAUGAGAUAACGGAAACGGUUGUUGUGCAUGUGCUUAAUGGUGAAGAGCCAGCUGCAAUGCAACAUGCGAAUGGGACUCGAUUUAUAUCCAGCCCCCUAACUAUGGUUGUGUUUUUUUUCGUAUUCGCGAUAGUCAAACCAUUUCAGCGAUGACAACAUUGUGAAUGGCCUAUAAAACUAUGAAAAAAAAAAAAGAAAAACUUUAAUAUACUUCGAAGAAGUGAAAGCGACAGAAGUAUUAUAGGGGAAAUGCAUAAGCCAAAAUAUGAAUCUUGUCCAGGAUUGCAUUUUCAACUUUUACUCGAAUCAUGGGUUGUUUACAAAUUAAAUCUAUAGCAUAAUUGAAUACUAAUUGUAAGUCGAAGAGAAACGUGUGUAUUUAAACAAAACCAAAAGGGCCGCAUCACAACUAAAUACAAAAAGGUCGUAAAUAAGGGCGUACCAAGGAAGGAGCAAACCGAAAAAAGAGAAAAACUAACCUAACCUACAAAUUGAGUUUUGCAAUUAGAAAUUGAAUGUGAACACAACCUAAAUUGUACAACAAGGGCCGUGUUUUUUGUUGGCUAACGUACCCCCUACCACCCUCCCGCCCUCCCUGCCUCCCUAUACGUAGAUAAUGCCUCAUGUUAAUGGUUGUAGCUUCUUGAAAUCGAACGGCAUAUCAGUUGGGAUCAUUGGAACAUUUUUGGCUGCAAUUAGUUAUAAACGAAUCAUAUUAAAGUUAUAAGUAAGCCCCAAUUUACUUUAAGUUAUCGGUAAACGGAAACCAAACAAAAAAAAACAACAAAUUAUAAAUUGAUAAAAUAUAUUUUGAUUUUUAUUGAGCAGCCCGUCUUCUAGAUAUACCACAUAGAUGUGCGUACUUAAAUAGUUGUUAUCCUCAUAUUUACACCAAGCGAAAAACCAAACAAGUAAGAGGUUCUAGUCGGGAGCUCCCGACUAGGGGAUACCCUGCACCCUCUUCUUCCAACAGGCGAUACGUAUAAAUAGAAAGAUACUUGAUAUAUAUAUACUAGCUCAUAUUAUUUGCCGGAAUUGCUCAAAAAACAGGAUUUCGAUACCGAUUUUUAUCGAUUACUUGGGAACGGGGCAAGCUAUCGAAUAUCGGAAACAAACUCGAUCUGCGCGGGCACUAGGAGGACCUACAGCUAAAAUUUGCAAGUCUCUGGCUCUUAUAGGUUCUGAGAUCCUUGCGUUCAUACAUACGGACAGACGCAUAGACGGACGGACGGACGGACGGACGGACGGACGGACAUGGCUAAGUCGACUCGUCUAUUGAUGCUGAUCAAGAAUAUAUAUACUUCCUUCUGCCUGUUACAUACAUUUGCACAAAUACAUAAUACCCUUUUUACCCAUUUUCAAUGGGUGCAGGGUAUAAAACAAGAGAAACAAACAUCAUUAUGCCAUUCAAAAUGGAUACAUAUCCUUUAAUUGAACAAAUUGUCGGUACUUCGGUGAACAUCCUUGGCCAGACCUACAUAGUACAUAUGUGGUAGCUCUUGCUCUUGCUGGCAACCAGAUAACCGAGUAUUGCGAAUUAUUACGGACCAAUCGGUAAAUUCAGAAUGAUUUCAUCCCCUCCCUCCCUACACAUUUCUUUGAUUGGGGCAUUAUAUGUCUGAUUUGGUAUAUAUAGAACAAAUUUCUAAUGUGCUUUGAACCCGCUUGCAUCAUUAUUGUUGUCACAUUCAUAUAUGUAUACCUAAAUCUAUUCUUUUUUUUACUCCCAAUUUCUAAACAUAUACUAAGAAAUCGAAAAUCGAAAAUCAAAACAAACAAAAACUUAAAGCUCAGCUUAAACUACACAAAAUUAAAUGUUAAGGAUAAAAGAAAAAAAAAAGAAAAGAAAAGAUAAGAAAAAGAAACUCGGCUAAUUUCGAAUGGUCCACAGUAGUUAUUGUAAAUUAUUCAAUUGAUCCCAACCAAAACGGCGGGUUGGUUCAUUAUGGUGUAUGCCCUUAAAUACAAAACAAAUGUUGGAGUGAGAUAACGAAACAAUACUUAGAGACUAAAGAAAAGUGUGACGAAACUUUUAGAAGCAUUUUGGUUACAGAAAAAAUAUUUAAGAAUUAUUACAAAUAAUUGAUAUUAUGAUAACUAUAAUAAAUAUUUAUGUAUGCGGCCAAUGUCAAUGUCAAUGUCAAAUGCCGUCAUUAAUAUAAUAAUGCAGAAAUUGUAUAAGCCACACAGACACACACACACACACACACACACUCACACACACACUCACACAUUUGUUUUUUCUAUUAAAAAAAAAUAAGGAAAACUUAAAUUCGAUUUAUGUAGUUUUCAUUUACAAUGCAGAACCAAAUAAAGAAUCUAUAUGUAUUUGAAUUGUAUUCAAAUAGUCGUUAAA